AACAUUUGACAUCACAUGUAUAAAUUUGAAUCGCUGAAAAUGACAAAAGGUGAUAGAAUAUAUCAGGUUAAUUUAAAGGAACUGGUGGAAGACUACACAUGGCGUUGCUACAAGCGAGACCAGGGCUUCUUCAGAAAACGGUUUCUGAGGCGCAGCCAUUAUGUGUUCGACAUAAGAUGGGGAUAUGUGGACUUUAAACACGUGACGAAUCGAGACGAUAAGAAAUCAAAUGUGGAACAGUCAACGGCUUUCGGAACAGAUACUAGUGAAGGCACUAUUAGUGAUACGCAAGAGACAGCUAUAGAUGCUGAAAUGAGAGAACAUGUUUCCCAGAUUGACGAAACCAACAAGAAAGACAUUGAAUUGUAUUUUUCUGAGUAUGAAAACAGAACAAGUACACCACAGACAUACACUUUUACUGCAGCACGUACAACUACAAAAUCAACGAAGUUCGAAAUACAAGAGAACUAUACGCUUGGGGCGGAAACAAAUCUUGAAAUCAAUUUAGCAGAAGUUGUAAAAAUUGGCGGUAGUGUAAGCGGAUCAGUUUCUGUAACUGAAACAAAAGCGCAGGAAUUUUUAAAAACGCUGAGCUGGAACUUAGACACACAAAUAAAUGUUCCAAGUUGGAAUAAAGCCAAAGCUUCCUUGUACGUAUAUGAGAUUCCAUCCAAAUCAAAGUUUUUAGUUAAAACAACCAUCAGCCUUCCGGCGAGAGACCUUCCUGUAACUAUCCGACGGGUAAAAGACGGAAAAGAGGUGCACACAGAGUGGAUCAGCGACCUUGCUGUUCUUUUCGAUGACGACUACAUAAAAAGGAGCAGUGUUGAGAUAGUUCCACAAAAAGUUAAAGACAAUUAUGGGGAUGAUGUUAUUGAGAAUCAGGUUGUACUGACAACACGUGGUAUAUGUAGAAUUGUAUCAUUCCAGAACCAACACGUGAAAGUUGAAUGUCAGAAAAUAGACGGCGCACCGAAAGAUGGUACAGACAGAAGCCAGGUCGACCAUGAGGGAUCAGUUGAAUCAGCCGGUGAGUGUGGUGGAGAGUCCUGAUUAAUUUAAACACAUCUGGUAUGUGUUUUUUCGGCUGUUGGCUAAACAAUAUAAUAAGUUAGAAAUCGCUAAAAUGGUAAUUUACUUGAGACGACUGAGCGAAGUUUAAAAUGAAAGAGUGGAUUAAGUUACCGAAUUAUGCAAAAUCGCGCUGUGUUUUAGUGUUUUAAGAUCAAAGGAACGCUUAUAUUUGAACAGACAAAGAUGUACAUAAACUGUAUGCAUGUAAUAUACCAUUGCUUGUGUUAGUAUAAAUCUGUUUGACCAAAACGACAGCUCCAUUGUGAUCAACCUGUUGUACAUUAUGGUAUAUUCAUAUAAAUUGCACGUAUACAUAUUGGGCGCGUUCGGCAUACUUACUCGAGCUAACCCGAGUCACCCUGGGUAUAACUCGAGUAUAACUCGUGUGUCCCGGGCAAUAGUAGUUGUGUCACCCGAAUUCUACCCACCUCCUGAAGCUGGGAAAGGCGGGUGAUCGUAUCCAAAUGCAUUAACACUUUAAACAAGGCGUCUUUGGUACACUUGUAAAAGUUUGGGUGCAGUUACUAUCAAGGCUUUAUCUCAAUAACCACAGAAGAUAUUGAAUUGAAACUUCAAACAAGUCUUUGCGCUCAUCAGACCUACCAAAAUAAUCAAGUUAGAUAACUCUUGAUCGAAUCUUAUGUAAAUUAGAGGUCUCAUUUAUAGACAUACUGCUUUGAAACCUAUUUUUACUUUUUAAGGUCAUUACCUAACCGCAGAUCGAUGAUCAAGUCCCAUUACUCUUAUAUGUAUUUUGACAAAAUUAUAUCCCUUUUGGACCUAGAAAAUGCAAUUUAAAGUUUUACGUGCAAGUUAGUAUAUCCAAACUAAUGCAGAUGUUUAGUUAAAACUUCACACAUUUCUUCGGGUCUGUAAAAUAAGGUCAUAUCAACAUAUUACAAGCCUCAUAACUCUUACUUGAGUCAGACCCCUUUUUAGAGUUAAAUUUUUGCAUGCAAGUUUUUUUUUUAAACUAAUGCAGAUACUGGAUUGAAACUUCACACAUGUCUUCCAUGUUGUAAAGAACAUGUCAUCAACUACCAUAACUCUUACUUGAACUUUGGCCAAGUUAUGCCCCACUGUUUAAACUUAGAAAAAGCUGGUUAAAGUUUUGCAUGCAAGGUACUAUCUCGGCAACUAAUGCAGAUAUUGGAUUGAAACUUCCAUACAUGUCUCCAGUGAUGUUAAGGAAGGUCAAAGCAUCAAUUCCCAUAACCUUAAUUUUGGACAAUUUAUGCCCUCCUUCUUGUGCAUAGAUAUUGUUCUGUUUGCUUGCAAGUUGAUAUCUCCAAAACUAAUAGGCACUGGGUUAACAUUUCUCACAUGUCUUUAGGGUUGUAAAGCCAGGUAAAAGCAUCAAGUUUCAUAACACUUACUUUAAUUUUGGCAAAGUUAUGUCCCUUUUUGUAGUAAGAAAAUGACGAUUGAAAUUUUACCAUCAAGUUGCUCUUGUCUAAGGGCGGUACUAGGUUGUAAACUUCUUAUAUCUAUUAAGGGUUUUAAUGCGAGAUCAUAGAAUCAAGUCAAAUAAUCCUUGAAUCAUUAUUUCAGUUGUAGAAUCGAAAAUCAUUCAUAUCGACAGUUGCCUUCGAAUAGUGGAGCGAGCUGUCAUUGUUCUUUUAAAACCUUUUACUUUCUUCUAAAUGUAGAGCAAUUUUGAAAUGCUCUUUGUGGCAUUCAUGCCCCCCUUCUGUAAAUACUGCUGAAUAGGACAGUGGUUGAGAAAUCUGCUUCUUACAGUAACAUCCUUGUCAAGCAUAUUUCGAGGGUUCUCGAUCUGAUUCUUAAAGCUUGUAAGUUUUCUUUCUGGGUUCACAUGGGACAACUUUUAGAAAAAACAUCUAGUCUUUAGAACACAAAAUGAGUGAUAAGGACAAAUAAUCCACAAAAGAAGCCACACAUUGAUGUUGAAGUUAUAAGUAAAAAAUUAUACCUCCCUACUUGCCGACAAACCUUCUUUCAGUCAGAACAAUAAAAAAAACACGAAAUAAUUAUACCAAACACCCUUUUAAUUUGAAAUGGUUCGGGGUAGUAGAGUCAUGUGUAGACAUAAGAGGAUUAAUAUAAGUUGCAGCUCUUGCUUCAGAAAUAAUUAAAAGUAUAAAUUAACAUAAAAUAGAAAUUUCUAGUCUAUUAAACAAUAUGGGCUGAACAUUUUUUCCAAGUGUUACUUGAUCCAAGAAUCUGAAAAGUCGAUUGAUAAUAAUCCAGUCUGAUUUUUCACUCUGACAGAGGUCGUACCAGUUCAUCUCUAACAGAUUGUCUGCCCUCAUAAUGGCCAUCAAACAUAUCUAUAUUAGGUUCUUCACAAAAAUCACUUAUUGUAUUUAUUGUAUUGUCAUUGAAAAUGCAAACAUUAUGUAAGAUACACGCUGCGGCAAUGUAAUCAACUAACAGCACUAUAUCACAUACAUAAAACAUAAAGUCCACUAAUUCAACAUAAUUUCUGAUACGAUUGAGGGAUACUGUUUCGUCUGAUCAGCAGUUUUUUUUUUUUUUUUUUUUUUUUUUUUUUUUUGAAAAUUAAGUUAUUAUGUGUCAAAAUGAGCAACCAUUCUUUAUUAUUGUUACAGCUCAGAAGUUUUUGAACUGUUAGCAUAUAGGUAACAAUCUCCAUCAUUUUCAGUUACUCGAUAAAGCGUUCGGACUACAAUUGUUACUCGUGUCACUCAGGUAACUCGGGUGAUCUGGCCAGAGUUACACGGGCUUGUAUGCCGAAUGCGCCCAUUGUUAAACACGGUGUUUAGUAUUAAAGAGUAUUGACACAUAUUUAUAAAUAGAUAUAUAAAUAUAUAUAUACGGAAGGUAAGAUAUUGGUAUUCCCUUGUCCAUCAUUUUAUCAUUGUAUAUAGUAGAGAAAUAUAUAAACUAUCCUAUAUCUAGAAUGAUAGCCCGGUUGCACGCGAAGGGAGGUAAACACUGAAUACAUAGAGUAUUUAUAGUUACAAAAUAUGGAAACACACACGUUGGUGUUUUAGCUGCAUACAAUAUAAUCAGUUAGAAUACGCAAAAAUGAAAAUUUACUUGCGACGAAUGAGCGAAUUUUAAAAUGGAAGUGUUGAUUAAGAUACCGAAUUAUCCAAAAAUCAAACCGUAGAUAGUGCUUAGAAUACACGUGUGAGAUAGAUGCUAUUAAAUAGGGUUUUGACCCUUAUCAUGCUGAACACGAUUAAUUCUGCCUUUGUGGCCAGUGCAGAUCAUGAUCAGCCUGUACAUCCAUGCAGUCUGAUCAUGAUCUCCACUUUUCGCCAUUCAGUCAGUAUUUUUUGUAAGCACCCCUUUUAACAGUUAAUGGCACUGCCCAAAUUGAAAGAUGGAAAAGUUCAUUAUAGAAAUUUAGCUGGGUAAAGGUUAGGAUAAACGGAAAUGCUUCACUGUCACAGUGGUCACUGGUAUUAACUUUAUCCCUAAGCCGACCCGACCGUGUCAUCGGGCUGUUGAAUUAACUGGAUAUGAUGCUAAAUACUAGUAUUUAUACAAGAUUUUUGUUGGCUUCACAUGAUACUGGGUCGGAUGCUGGAAAAUGUGCCCUUUUGACAAGUUUCCAUAACCAGGUUUGUUUAAACAGUAUUUAUUUCCGUCAGAUCGAAAUAUCUUCCUCAGACUCUACGUCAGAUGCAAUAUUUUCACAAGUUGGGUGGCCACAAGAAAAAACUAAUAUUUUCCUUUUAUUUUAUGUCAUUUAUUUUAUCAAAUUAUACCAGUUUUACCAGUGCAACGUCAAGCCCAUUGAACAACGUCAUAGACAAAAUAAUCCCUUCAAAAUGUUAUUAUGGUAACAUGUUAAAUAAUCUUGAAGCUCGUUAGAUGAUUACUACGUUAGAACAAACGUAUCUUUGUUUUUAUAGGUGCUUGUAUACUUCUAUAUGUUUUAUUUAUGUAAAUUUUGGAAUGGAUUUCCGAUUAUUUACAAGUCAUAUACUUUCGCGUUCAAGUGUAGUUCCGUAAUAGUGACAAUUAUAAAAAAUGAAAAUCU